AUGGCGGCCGAACCCAUGGCCACUACGGGGCCCAACCACAAGAAAGUCGCCUACUUCUACGACUCCGAUGUGGGAAAUUACGCCUACGUCUCGGGCCACCCGAUGAAGCCCCAUCGCAUUCGCAUGACGCACAGCCUAGUUAUGAACUACGGUCUGUACAAAAAGAUGGAGAUUUAUCGUGCGAAACCCGCGUCGAAAUACGAAAUGACCCAAUUCCACACGGAUGAGUAUAUCGACUUCCUUGCGAAAGUUACUCCCGACAAUAUGGACCAGUUUUCCAAGGAGCAGAGCCGAUACAACGUUGGUGAUGAUUGCCCGGUGUUUGACGGUCUUUUCGAAUUCUGUGGAAUCAGCGCUGGUGGCAGUAUGGAAGGUGCUGCGCGGUUGAAUCGCGGCAAAUGCGAGGUCGCCGUCAACUGGGCUGGUGGUCUGCACCACGCGAAGAAGAGCGAAGCCAGUGGUUUCUGUUAUGUCAAUGAUAUUGUUCUCGGCAUUCUUGAGCUGCUUCGAUUCAAGCAACGUGUGCUUUAUGUCGAUAUUGAUGUCCACCACGGUGAUGGUGUUGAGGAAGCUUUUUACACCACCGAUCGUGUGAUGACUGUCUCUUUCCACAAGUACGGCGAGUACUUCCCUGGUACUGGUGAGCUUCGCGAUAUUGGUGUUGGCGCAGGAAAGAACUACGCUGUCAACUUCCCUCUUCGCGAUGGUAUCAACGACGCCUCAUAUCAAAGCAUUUUCGAGCCCGUCAUCAAAAGUGUGAUGGAAUGGUACCGCCCAGAGGCUGUGGUGUUGCAAUGUGGCGGUGACAGUUUGUCUGGCGAUCGCCUGGGAUGUUUUAACUUGAGUAUGCGUGGACACGCGAACUGCGUCAACUUUAUUAAGAGCUUCGAUCUUCCCACCUUGAUUCUUGGUGGCGGUGGUUACACAAUGCGCAAUGUUGCACGUACCUGGGCCUUUGAGACUGGUAUCCUUGUCGGAGAUAACCUGACGUCAGAGCUUCCAUACAAUGAUUACUAUGAGUACUUUGCUCCUGACUAUGAGCUUGAUGUUCGUCCCUCCAACAUGGACAACGCCAACACCAAGGACUACCUGGACAAGAUCCGGAUUCAAGUAAUUGAAAACCUCAAGCGCACAGCUUUCGCGCCUUCAGUUCAGAUGACGGAUGUCCCGCGUAACCCACUUGUUGAUGGCAUGGACGACGAGGCUGAUGAUGUUAUGGAUGACUUGGAUGAAGACGAGAACAAGGACAAGCGGUUUACCCAACGACGCUUCGAUCAGUACGUGGAGAAGCCUGGUGAAUUGUUGAGUGAUAGUGAAGAUGAGGAAAUCAAUGCCGCCAACGGUAUUCGUCGCCAGCCGGGUGCUAUGCGCCGCCGAAACCAGACCAACUAUCGCAACUUGGAUGACUCCGGUCUUGACAGUGGAAUUGCUACCCCUGCAGAGGCAUCUUCAGUUGGGGAUGGUGAGCUAGACGCUACCAUGGACACCAACAUGCCUGAUAUUCCACGGACAGAGCCCGAGGCAUUGACUGCCGCUGCCACUUCGAACGACCAAGAUACCCCCGCUGAUGUCGAUCAAAUGGUUGUCGAGGGCGAGGAGAACGGCCUUCCUGCCGUUGCAUCUCAACAGCCCUCCCCUCCCUCGCACGAUACUGAUACAAUGAUGGAAGACGCUGCUCCUGCCCCGAAGGAACCUUCCGAGUCUGCCACUGAUGCCCAAGAAACCAAGCCCGAGGCAUCCCCUGUUGCCGAAGAUGCUUCCAAGGUACCAUUAUCUCCACCCCAGGCACAGUCGCCCCCGAAAGAGUCUUCUGCGCUCUCAGCAGAGCAGGGUGUCGACACAUCAACGGCAGGGCCAACCCCCGCUGGAGGUUCAGAGACUCAGACACCAGCCGUGGAGUCUAUUGAACAACCCUCCAAACAGGAAGGAUGA